UCUUCAUCGUAUUGCGUCAAUUUCAAUUGCUUCUUCGUUGCUACCUUUCUCAGGCAGAUCCUCCACCUCCUCUACUAACAGUUCAAACUAUGUAGCCGACUGUACACUAACUCGGACGGCGUAAAGAGAAUUGACGGCGGCUCGAUAAACAGCUGAGCGAAAUGUCAAAAGAGAAUGACGUCAAUUUCUUAAAAUUCGACGGUGGAGUAUUUACAAAUUCAACUAGCAUGAUUAUUUUUCUUUAUUACUAUUCAACUAACAAUUGAAUUUUGUAUUAAAUGUUGUUUUCUUUAAAAUAAGAUUUUCGACAUCCAAAAUAUAUUCUAUCAAGCUAGCAUACCUCUGGCGAAAUAUUGUAAGAUGUACGAAAUAUUUGAUAACAUCAUUGAAACGUAUAUAUUACAUUAGCUAGAUUAAGCAAUAAGGUUGCUUAUAUUGUAAAUAAAUUUAAUAAUAAAUCAAAUCAAUCAAAUACUAUACUUAUAUGAUGCCUUACAAGGUCUGCUUAAAUAAAUACGCACCUGUGUGCGAAUACCACCAUAGCGUAAAUAUUUACGAACGGAAGAAAAAGUCAAAAGCGACAAACGCAAAACAGAAUAAUAAAAAUAUUACAUUAUAUUUGAGUAUUGUCUAUAUUUUGUUUUUACCUUAUUCGCAAAAUGCCGGUUUACAACAUAAAAUGAGAUUUACCUUCCAAAAUAACGAGUAUCCGCAUUGAACCGUUGUAAUCAAGGAUGAGGAAAGAUUCAGAGCUCGGGUAAUUUAGAAUGAGCUGGUGCACCUUCUAUGUACAUAUAAAAACGUUUUUGAUGCAAACAAAACGAAAAACAACUACACACAUAUGCACACAAUAGAAAUCAUAUAGAAAUGUUUGAUUUGUUGACGUCUGCGAUUGGAACAACUGACAGCUGCUAGCAAUUGACGGCAUAAAUUUCCAACAGCGGCGAAAUUAAAUUGCCACACUUAAUUUAAAAAGAUCAUGUUAUAUAUCGUUAUUGAAUUAUAAUUACUUCAACUCAACAUCUCAUACAAAAAACUAAAUAAUAUUUGUUGUGUAAUAAAUAACUUAAACUUAUCUCUUUAUUUCUAAUGUUAAACUAAAGUACAUAAAAUAUCUCAUUACCAGCAUUUGCAAUUAUUUUAAAACCACUUUUUGCAAAUGCAGCCCUUCACUUGAUUUUUGAGGCGAAUUCGAAGAAGAAACAGACAAAAAAGCAAAGUGAAAAAUUUUCUCGAAGAAAACGAAGGCUAUUGUUUAUGUGCGAUCGCGAGAGUAAAAAAGCGUAGAUUUUUUAUAAUUUAAUUUUUAUUUACAUUUGCAUUUCACUUGACAAAUUAUUGGUCAACGUAUGGAUAUAUUUAAAAUGUAAGGAAACAAUAAUUUCAAUGAAAUGUGAAAACGACAUUUAGCAGCAACGAUUUGGAAGAGCUUUGUCGCCAUUUUGGUGUGUAAGUGUGUGUGAACUAAUGUGUGUAUCAAGGUAGGCAACGACGAAGUGGAAAUCGAGCCUCAAAUGCAAAACCAAUUAUAACAGAAUUGGGCGCUUUCUGUGGGUGUUAAAUAUAAAUAAUUUUAAAUCGCGAAAUAUAUCUGGUGCCAAGUGAACUGAUGAAACUAUUUUGAGUAGCUAAAUAUUAAUUGAAUACUGAUUUGUGUAUACAAUCGAGGAUGUAUAGCAGAGACGAAAGUGGGGAUAAGUUGGCUCAGCAACAGUCGCAGCUGAAACAACAACAGCAAUUAGUUUUCAGCAAUAAUGCAAUUGCAAAUAUAAAUAUAAGUGGAUUCAGUUCUUUCGACAGUGAUUCUAUAGCCGACUGCUCAGAAUUUGAUACAGAAUCGGUUACUAUGGAUUACUUUAAAGAAAGAUUUAAUGCAGCUUAAAAGCAAUUUAUAUGCAUUUAAAAUAAAUACAAACAUAAUUCACAAUACAUUCUGACCAAAACCAUUCGAGUGUACAAGGCGUUUUAUAAAAAUAAGAAGUGGGUAAGCCAAAGUAUCUCAUGCGAACUUCCGUUGUGUUAUUGAGCUUGCGUUGUUAUUGUUGUUACAAGGGCGUACUAACUCCCUGCUACUAAUAAAAGCAAAAAUAUAUAUAUUCAAAGUUCACAACGCCCUUCACCAACAAAAAUGGCACCAACAACAACUAUAGAAACCAUCACAAUCACAAGACCUCUUAAGGUUAUUGCAUUUAUAUGUGGUGUUAUCGUUGUCAUACUCAUGAUUAUGGCAUUGGCUUCCACGGAUUGGUUAAUGGCUGCCGGUUGGCGCCAAGGUCUUUUUGUGCAUUGUAUUGAGGAAGACGUUGAAUCACCGCUGCCCUUUAAUUUACAUGAUCCGCCUGGUUGUUAUGCCAGUCGAGACGUCGCAUACAUUAAGGCCACAGCUGCUCUUUGCAUAAUAACAUUGAUCACAGAUGUAAUUGCCACCAUACUUACUGGAUUGGGUUUGAGAACGCAAAACCAUAAUGUGAAAUAUAAAUUUUACAGAAUUGCUGUGCUGGUGAUGUUAUUAUCAUUACUGGCUGUCUUGUCUGCACUUAUAAUAUAUCCAGUAUGUUUUGCUGGAGAACUCAAUUUGGCGAAUCGGCCAAUUUGGGAAUUUGGUUGGGCCUACGGUGUUGGAUGGGGUGCAGCUAUCUUCCUAUUCGGUGCCGUUGUGCUACUGCUUUGCGAUAAAGAGUCGGAGGAGAUCUAUUAUAAGGAGAGAAAAAUUGUACAUGAAAACCAAAUGCGCGCCUAGGCCAGGCCGCACGACCUGCCUGACGUCGUUCUUUAGAUAUUUAAGUAAAUAUGCGAUUUCUACUGAUAUAAUACUACUAACUACUACUAUUACAACAACAACAAAAACUAUUAAUUCAACACAGCAUACAAUAAGAGAUGAACAAAAGCAAAAAACGAAAGCCAAACAAUUAUAUAACACAUCAAGAAAUCGAAGAACUUAAAAAAGACUUGUAUAAAACUGUCUGUCAUCAUUGCCGAUAACCAAAAUACUAUAUUUAUAAUGUAAACAAAGUGAAAAGUAGAAGAACAACUUGAAACGAAGUCAACACUAAACAUUCAAAUUAAUUACCAACACGUACACAUACACACAAAUAUAAACCAUAAAAUUUCAUUCAUCAACGGAAAUUAUGGGCCACUUUUGUGCAACACGUGGAUUUUUCAAAUCUCAAGACUUUCGCGAAAUAAGCAAACAUAGAAAUCCAUGAAACAACAGGCAAGCAAUAUGUCUGUGCAAUGUAAAAAUACAUAACUUCUAAAAUCAAAUAUACACUACUUCUUCACAAAGCAGCAAAGGUGAAAACCCAUAAUCUAAAAUAUACAAACAUACUCAAAUACACACAAAUACACUUACACAUUCAUACAAUUGUCAUGUAUUUGGGUGAAAGCAUUUUAUAAAACCAUUUUAACAUACCUAUUACAAACAACCAAAUAUUCAUGUAUUCAUGGUGAUCGUAUUUAACCAUUUAGUAUUGUAUACGUACAUAUAUACCUACAAACAUAUAUCUACAUAUAUUUACAUGUAUAUUCGACGUGCAUAAUCAUUAUACAAAUACACAUAUAUCCACACAAAUUCCAUUAUUUUCAUAUACAUAAGCACAUACACAUAUAUCUACAUAUCCUAUAUAUGUAGAUGUCCUUACCUAUGAAACUUUGCUGACAAAAACCAUUAACCUAAAAGCCUAAACAUUUCCUCAACAAUAUUUUAUUUAUUGUUUCCACAACAACAUCGAUGUAAACUCCGUAAAAAAAUAUUUAAAAAAAAAAUUAUGUAAAUUAAUAUGAAUCGUACGAUGUAUGUAAGAAAUUCAAACUAAAUAUAAGCGUAAUAAAAUUGUAGAAAACAAGCUAACCACGUUAAAGAGACAAACUAAAACGCAUUAUAAAAAAGAAACAAACUCAAACAAUUAAAUGCAUAUAAGCAUAAUGAUGUUGGAAAUUAAUAUAAAAUCACGCUCAUGAACCUACCAAUUUAAAAACGACUCCACAGAUAAAUACGUGCACCGAACCAUAAAGUUACAAGCAAAGCAAUACAUGCAUACAUACAUACACUUUAACACCAAAAACACCAACACUCAUAUAUACAUACAUACCAUCAUACAUAAAUUCAUACCAAAGCAUUACUAGACAGCCAUAGAAAUUAUGACAAACAAGGAAACUUUUUGUUUUUGGUUUUACAAACAAAAAUAAAUGAAAAAAAAUACACAUAACAAGACUUUGCCAUAAAAUAAGAGCAAUAUCAUGCAGCUUCGUUCGUAGAUAUACAUACAUACAUCAAUUGAUUGGCGACUGCUUAAGUGUUAGUCUGCCAAUCAAUCCGUGUUCAAAAUGUACCUUAACGUUUCUUUAUACACACAUUUACAUACUGAUAUAUUUUAUUAUCGCUUUAUUAAAACCGGCAAUUUGUAGGUAGUUGCGUAUAUUUCGCCGCACUUUUACAAAAACUUGAAAAGUUCAUUUUCGAAUUGAUAGUCGUAUUUAAUAUUUGUGUUAUUUGUUGUUUGAAUAUCUGUGGAAAUUAUAUCGAUAUACCCGAACCCGAUUUAACAUUUUUUUCCUCUCAAGCUGUAAAUGGAAACAUUCUAUGACUAUGAAAAUAUAUUGUUUAAGGAACAAAAAAAAAGAACGCAAAAACGAUUUAAAAUAUUAAAUUUGUCAAUGUAUUCAAAAACAAAACACACAGUCCGCAGAUAUGUACAUGUGAACGUUUAGAAAUUUAUAAUUUAAGCAGUUGAAAUGCAAAAGAGAAAUAUAAGCAAGCAGCGUAUGUAAAAUUCUAUUGGCAAUGUAAAAUAGCGUUAAAAAUCAAAUUAACGUGUACACCCAUUGUAUUACACAAAACACAUAUACUCAAGUACAUAAAUUUAUAUUUAAUUACUAUUGUUUAUUAUGCUGUUCAGAUUAUUUUGUUUCAUAACUCGAAUUUGUAUAGUUUUUUUUCUGUAAUUAUUAAGCAAAUAAUUAUGUAAUUAUACUAAUUAUGUCUGAUUUAAUUAAACCUGUUGAAUUGUUUUUGCCUACACAUGGCCGCUACUAUUGAUAUUUAUACAUAUAUUAUCUAAAAAAUUUGUCUGUUUACACAAAUGUAUGUUAAAAAUAAAUUUUUAUGAAGCGAGAAAAUAUUUAAAGCAAGGAAAAUGUUAAUAACCGUAAAUUUGAAGAACAAAACCUCUUUUGCCUUUUGUAUAUUUCUCGCAAUGCAACAAGACAUAUUUGUACGACAGACAUUUUACAAAUAUUUAUUACUGUUAUAACGUUAAAUGCAAAGAAAACAUAUCAGCAAAAACAAAAAACACAAAAAAAAUAUUUAAACUAUACUUACUUUUAAUUUAUUCGUAUAAUUUGUACAAUUUACCUGAUUAGUUAUUCUAUAUUUUUUAAGUAUUUUCAUCUUUACAAAUGAAAUGUCCUAACGCACUGACUAAAGACUUAUUACGAAUGAUUUUUUUGUUUGUAAUAUUUAAGCUUUAUUUGCAAUGUUGAUAUUCGUUAAUACAAUUUCGUCAAUGAAUUAGCUCCAAAAUGUGUCCUUGCGGUACUCAAGAUCUGCGCCAUAGGCACGAAUAAUUUUUCUACUGUUAAUUUAGCAGUAUUUCUUCAAAUAGCUUUGUGACAUGAAAAACCAAAAUUUAGUUUUUUCAUCAACAAUUGUUGUUAAUAAAUUGGCAGUAGUUUAUUUAAUAUUGCAAUUUUCGCGAACAACUGCUAUUGGAACGUGGCGUAAAUUAUUU